UGGGACUUGGGAAUAGUGAUGAGUGCCAAAUGAUCCGGUUAAGGUGGGCUCUUGCUGUUUAUGGGUUCUUGCAGUAAUACAGUUCAUGGUACUUUAUCUUUCUCUUUCAAGCGUCGAAGUCACAUGUUCAACAGGGAAAGAAAAAGGAGAGAGAGAGAGGGAGAGGGAGAGGGAGAGGAGAGAGAGAAGACAGAAGGAGGAAGGACUGAGGAAGGACUGAGGAGGGAUGGAUGCCCAGUUGCCCACCCAACCUUCUCAACUCUAAUUUCUCAUCAGAACCGACAAGUAAUCAAUUAAUGCUUCAAUUCAAGGGCAACAGCAUAUAUAUAUAUAUAUAUAUAUAUAUUUAUCACAGUAGUAGAAGAUGAAGAAAGGAGAUUAUAGGUUGAUGGUAUCUCUUCAAUCUUCUCAUCAACAUUCACCUAAAAAGGGUUCGAAGUCUUGAAGAACAAGAUGGGAAGGCCAGAAAGGGAUUGUCCUCUUCCGUCCAUUGCACCCUAUUGCUAUGAUGCAUGUAACUGAGAGAGGAGAGGGCUCCACACCCAAAAAAAAAAAAAAAAUCACUCUUGGUACACAGUAAACAGAGUCUUAUGAACUAGGAAAACGACAGCCAUUGAUGAUCUCACCAUAUGGGUUUGGCAGACUGGCAAAGCUAUCGAUGUUAAAAGAGGAAAUAUGUAUAAAUUUAAGGAGAAAGGGUUAAUGGUCUCUGAGUUUUCAAUGGAGAAGCCCCGAAAUUUCAAAACUUAUUCCAAAAAUCCAACUAAGAUCAAGCGACUAUCUUGGGUUUUCCCUUUCCUGUGUUCUUCUGUAAACAGAUUCUCUGUAAAUUUCUGGCAGUUAGUUAGUUACACAACUUUUUGAUUCUUGGUUCUUGAUUACCAUUAAAAGAAGAGGGAAAAGGGUUUAAAUUCAGAAGCUUAAAGCUCAAUAUCUCAUCUAUGUCAGUAGCAAAAACCCACACACCCCAUGAAAGGAGCCAAAAAAUGUACUCGUUCCACAGAGGAAAUCUUAUUAUAAUAAUUAGGAUUUCUGUUUCAUUCUUUUUUUAAAUCUUCAUAUAUUUUCAUUCACGGCGGGCACGUUAAGAGAGGGAGCAAACCUUCCCCCUUCUCAUUUCUGCAACUCAAUAGAGCUUUCGACAUUGUGUCUCGUAACUCCAAACUUCUCCUUUCUGCAACUCAAUAGAGCUUUCCAAUUCCCUUUUUUCCUGUUACACUCUGCAGAUGAACGAAAACCCUUUUCUAUAAUCUAAAGAAAGAUGUCCGGUUCGUCGUAUACUCAGAAUUCACCAACUGCAAGCAUUGUUCCCCCGCAGAUAAGGAACACGGUGGACAUGAGUCAGUACUUGGCAGAGCUGCUAGAAGAGCAGCAGAGUCUUCAACCUUUCAUGGAGAUUCUUCCAAUAUGUAGCCGACUUCUGAAUCUAGAGAUUGGCAAGGUCUCUGCUAUGAUCCGUGACAGUUCGCAGCAUGGAAGCCCAAGGCCCAUGACUUCUUCAAACCUCAUGCCAAAUGUCAUAGGAACAGAUUUAAAUAUCAGGAAUGACCUCCAGCAUCAGGGAUUAGGUGGGCUGCAGGGGAUGUCAAGGAGCUGGCGAGGGGUACCAGUAAGCCCCAAUAUUCAUAUUGUGACGAAGUAUGUGAGCGUGGAAAUUCCACUAGAUAGAUAUCCAAAUUACAAUUUGGUUGGGUGGCUUCUGGGCAACGAUUGCUCUGCAUUAAAACAGUUGGAAGCUUUUACAGGCUGCCGUUUGCAUCUUAGAGGAAGAGGUUCAAUAAGGAAUCCAUGGGAGGAGGAGCGUCUAAGGAGAUUACCCGGCUGUGAACACCUGAAUGAUCCAUUCCACGUCUUGGUUGAGGCUGAGUUUCCUAUCAAUGUUGUCGAUUCAAGGCUGAGACGUGCAGUAGAGAUUGUCCAAGACCGGCUUAGACCUCCUGUGAAUGCAGCUGCGGGAUCUGGGCGAGGGCGAGGGCGAGGGCGAGGACAAGGGCGAGGGCAGGGGCAGGGGCAGGGGCAGGGGCAAGGGCCAGGGCGAAUGCGAGGGCAAGAGUGAUAGAGGAUCAUUACUUCUGGUAGUCGCUAGUGUCUUUCCUUUCAAUUCCAGUGAGACAAAGCCAGCAAAAACUGGGCGAUAAGAGGAUCAUUACUCUCCUUGUAGCUAGCUAGUGUCUUUUCUUUCAAUUCCAGUGGGAUGAAGCCAGCAAAAACUGCGUGAUAAGAGGAUCAUUACUCUCCUUUCCUUCUCAGUGGUAUCUCGUUCCCUCAAUACAUAUUGAUUUUGUCAAUCAUUGAAGGCAGGGACUGAUGAAACUUGCUGGUGAGUCCUCAAAUGAUUCUUUUGAAUUUUUUCUUUCUUUGUGAUUUUUCUAUUCUUUUCCCAAUGGAAAAAAGAAAAAGAAGAGACAGAAUAUCUGUUGUACUUGUGGUCGUCACUCAUGAUGUCUGUAAUGCUUGUUGUAAACUCAGGGUAUUCAUUGAAUUCAUUUUUUUGUUAA